CUAGAAGCCUCUCUUAACUACCUUCUAAAAGCAGCUAACGCCGAACAAACAAAAGACCGAAUAGAGAAAAUUCUCGAUCUUCUCUCAAUUUUUAGAGAAUUCACGAAUACAGGAAAAAUCGACUACUCAAAGUUAAUCCUCGCAACCCAGGUUAAAGCCUUAGAAAACACUUCUCGCACGCUUAAUAUAAGCGUCCGGAAACUCACCAUACCUUAUAUCCUACCACAAGAAUCCCUGUCUAAACCCCUACAAAGGAAAGGAGCUCCCCAAAGCUACGCAACAGUUACCGCUCAAAACAGUAGCCUAAUCCCCGAUAGAUUUACCCCCCCCUCGCCUCGAGAACAUCAAAUCUUCUUUCCUAAUAGGGGCCUUGAUAAAUCCUUCGGACCGCUAGCGGCAAGAAUAAAGCUUAAUAAAGCCUUUAAAAACGCAGGAUACCGAGGAAAAACGAUUAUCUCAGGCGUCCGCCUCUCCCAGAAUAAUAACAUUGUUGUUACAGGUAACCAAGGAUUCCCAGCUACCUUUCUACUCGACAAGAUAGCUAUUAUCCGGAAAGUCUUCCCGGACUGCCAAGCUCAAACUAACGAAUCCUAG